GAUGAGGCUCAGAGGUGCCUGAACCAUGCUGUGAUGCAGGAGAACCUGUCACUUGCAGCCUCAGUAGGAGUGCAUCCUGUGCAGAAUCUCUCUGUUGCUGUGGCGUGUGGGAACCCAGUUUCUCUCAGUUCCAACCUCCAACCCCAUCAGAAACGGGACAGUGGGGAGAAAUGUCAGAGACAGAAGGAGAAGGGGGCCUUGCCUUUUAGUUGGUUCAACAUCCUUGUGCCCAGUAAUAACUCGACGUGGAAUGAAGAUGAGAAGGAUCGCCUGGGAAGCCUUGUGGCUCUUGGGCAUCAAGCCACCGACCAUGGAGAGCAUCCACAGAGAAGCAGAGAGAAUAGUGCGACCCCUCUCGCGCUGUCCAGACGGCUUGUGUGUGGUGACUGUGGCAAAUCGGUUUUGAAGAAAAGGUUUCUGGAGCACUGGAGGAUCCACACUGGAGACAAGCCUCAUGCGUGCCGUGAAUGUGGCAAGUUGUUUAGACACACAUCCACCUUCAGAGAACAUCAGAAGCUCCACAGCGGAAAAAGGCUGUUCCAGUGCAGUGACUGUGGGAAGGCUUUCCUCCACAAAAGAUCCUUUCUGGAGCACCAGAGGAUCCACACUGGAGAAAAACCUCUGGAGUGUCGCGAAUGUGGGAAGUUUUACAGACACAGAUCCACUCUGACUGUGCACCAGAAACUGCAUGGCAAGGAAAGGCCAUUCAAGUGUGGUGACUGUGAGAAGUCCUUCUACAAAAGGCUGCUGCAGGAGCACCAGAGGAUCCACACCAAAGAAAAGCCUCUGCAGUGUUGUGGGUGUGGCAAGUUCUUUAGACACAGAUCUACCCUCUCUCAGCACCAGAAACUCCACUGGAAAGGCCUUACCCAGUGA